GCCGGCCAAGGUGAUUCUUCGCCAGUUGACUCCCACCAGUUCCACUGUUUACUGUUUAUUAGUUAUAGUUUACUAUAAAACGGCGUUUAACAAACUUUUACCGGGUACUUAACCACCGACAAUCCGACAAUCCGACAAUCCGUCUACCAGACCAAUUUUAGUACCUAUUGUCCAUCCUAAGGCCCGGCUAUCCUUUUUUUCGGUUCAUUCUUAUUCCUCGUUAUUAAGUCAUCAUGCGAGUUUUUGUGUUUUGUGCCGUUUUAUUCGUCUGUUUUUUCACUUUUUUCAACGUUAAUUCACUACCGAGGAAUCAAAAUAGCUGGGCCGAUAAGCCGUUCGACUUUUACAAUUUGUCGGCGAGGAGCAACAAUGAUUUGACUAUCGACGAUGGAUUUAUUGUCAACACUAAUCCGCCUAAAAUGGCCUAUCCAAAGAUGCCUAAUAUGUGUAGUAAUUGCAUUUGUGGCGUUGGAAGAAAAACGCGGAUUGUCGGUGGUACAACAGCAACAAUUGGAGAAUUCCCGUGGAUGAUUGCUAUGAGCAAACACGGACAAUUUCACUGUGGUGGGAGUUUGUUGACUAAACGGCAUGUUUUAACUGCCGCUCAUUGCUUAGAAGGAUUUGACAAAAGACAUUUUGAAGUUUUUAUCGGGAAGCAAGAUUUCGACAAAUCGAGCUCGGCUGUGAUACAUCGACGCAUUAAAUCUUGGACAGUACACGAAGAUUUCAAUACUUAUAACUUGGACAAUGAUAUCGCUGUCGUAGAAUUGGAUCGUUCUAUUCCAGUUGGAGGAGCGAUACGCACUGCGUGUUUACCAGAAAAUCGUGCCAUUGACUACACAGGAUCAUUAGCGACCGCCAUAGGAUGGGGCCGCACGACAGAGGGUGGGGAAGUAAGCUCAACAUUAAGGAAAGUAGAGCUUCCCGUUUUAUCCGACGAGGAGUGUGAUGAAGCUGGUUACCAAAAAUCUCGGCGCACUACUAAUAUGUUUUGCGCUGGUUACUUAGAAGGAAAACGCGACGCCUGUUCUGGAGACAGCGGCGGGCCUUUAUUGGUUGAAGGGCCGUACGGGCAUUUAGAAGUCAUAGGAAUAACUUCUUUCGGUCGAGGAUGUGCAAGACCAAGAUACCCCGGAGUCUAUACAAAAUUAACAAAUUACUUAGGAUGGUUACGUGAUAAUCUAGACGGAGAAUGUAUUUGCCCGUCUAAAGCUUUUUCAUUUUUCAAUUCUUAUUUUCAAGUGCCAAGUGAUCAAAUAAUGGUGAUAGAUAAUAAUAACAAACGUAUAGUAGUUAAUAUUGUUUUUUUUGUUCUACUUGUCGAUAAUUUAUGCUCAAGCUCAAGGUUUUUCGGCCCAAAUAUUAAUAACCGAACUGGGAAAUUUCUUUUUGAUGAAAUUUUCGGCGUGGAUGUUACCGCUGGUGACAAUUUUGAAAGCGAUGAAGGACAAACUAAAAAUUGUAGUUGUGAGUGCGGCGUAUCGAAUCAAGAAAUCAGGAUAGUUGGUGGGAAGCCGACAGUGCCUCAUCGUUACCCAUGGGUCGCAAGACUCGUUUACGAAGGACGUUUUCACUGCGGUGCGAGUUUGCUCACUAAUGAAUAUGUAUUGACUGCUGCUCAUUGUCUUCGGAGGUUAAAAAGAUCAAAACUACGUGUGAUCCUCGGUGACCACGACCAACAUUCAACAACGGAUGCCCCAGCUGUCAUGAGAGCAGUCGCUGGCAUAAUCCGACACCGCAACUUCGAUAUAAACUCCUACAACCACGACGUCGCGUUGCUCAGACUACGAAAGCCUGUCAUUUUUUCAAAGACAAUCCGCCCGAUUUGUUUACCUACUCCAGGAUCCGAUCCAGCCGGCAAAGAAGGCACUGUGGUCGGAUGGGGACGAACUAUGGAGGGCGGAAUGCUACCAGGAGUCGUUCACGAAGUAAAAGUUCCUAUUUUGACUCUCGAUCAAUGCAGAAAAAUGAAAUACAAAGCUAAUAGAAUAACUGGUAAUAUGAUUUGCGCUGGCAAAGGGAGCCAAGACUCCUGUCAGGGCGAUUCCGGCGGCCCUUUACUUAUUCAAGAGAGUGACAAAGUUGAAAUUGCUGGGAUAGUAUCGUGGGGAGUAGGCUGUGGAAGACCAGGAUAUCCUGGAGUUUACACACGAGUAGCUAAAUACCUGAACUGGAUAAACACAAACAUGGAGAAUUCCUGUCUCUGCAAUAAAUAAACGCCAAAAAUAAU